AUGAAGGAAUUCAAUCUUGAAGAGACAAGAUGGUUUAAAGACAUGUUUACAAAACGUGAUUCAUGGAUACCUGGAUAUUUUAACGAUAUUCCAAUGUGUGGGUUGAUGAAGACUACGUCAAGGUCAGAGAGUAUGAAUUCAUUCUUUAAUAGCUACUCAGAAAGUGGUAAUUUACUUUUGAAUUUCAUGAUGAAUUACGACACUGCCAUUCAAAAGCAAAGGAAUACUCAACGAGAGCUUGAUAAGACAUCAAAGAAAGCAUCAUAUAAAAUGCAAACAUCUCAAGAAAUAGAACUACAAGCACCAAAAGUUUAUAUAAGUAUAUUAUUUUUUGAGGUGCAAAAGGAAAUAUAUAAAGCAAGUUUUUUCUGUACAUACUCGUAUGUUGGUAUUGAAGAUGGGUGGGAAGUUUACAUUGUGAAACACAACAAUAGUAAAAGCGAAUUUAAAAAUGAAUUUAAGGUUGAAAUAAAAGUUGAAGAUAAAGAAAUAAAUUGCAGUUGUGAACAUUUCAAGCUUCAUGAAAGGUACAUUUUGAAAAUAUGGAGAAAGGAUGUGAUAUCAAGAAAUUAUCAUUUUAGUUCUCUUCAAUCCGAUUCAAGGGAUUGUGAGAAUGUGAAGCUAGUUAAUGAUUCAUGUUUGGAUAUUGUAAGAGAUGACAAAAAGAAAUUGGCUUUGUUUGCUGAGAAAAAACAGAUGUUGUUGAAGGAAUUUGAGAGUGAUUAUACAUUUACUGGAUUGAAAAGCAAGACGGAUGGUGAAGUCAUAUGCAAGCUUAUGGUUUUUUCUAUUCCUAUUCCUAUUCCAAAAGAGAUUAAUAUUCAUGUUCCUCAAGUUCAAAGCAAUAAAGGUUCUAGAAUCAAGAAAAGAAUUCCAAGUGCAGGUGAAGUAGCAUAUGAAAAUUCUAAAAUAGAAUACAGAAUGUGCUCAGGAUGUGGAAAAUGA